AUGCCUUUCCACAAGCUCGUCAAGAACAGCGCUUACUACAGCCGCUACCAGACCAAGUACCGUCGUCGCCGUGAGGGUAAGACCGACUACUAUGCCCGUAAGCGCUUGAUCACCCAGGCCAAGAACAAGUACAACGCCCCCAAGUACCGCCUGGUCGUCCGCUUCACCAACCGCGACAUCAUCACCCAGAUCGUCUACUCUGAGAUCUCCGGUGACAAGGUCUUCGCCAGCGCCUACUCCCACGAGCUCAAGCGCUAUGGCAUCACCAACGGUCUGACCAACUGGGCUGCCGCCUACGCCACCGGUCUCCUCCUUGCCCGCCGUACCCUCAAGAAGCUCGGCCUGGAUGAGCAGUUCCCCGGUGUCGAGGAGGCCGAUGGUGAGUACACCCUCACCGAGGCCGCUGAGACCGACGAGGGCUCCCGCCGCCCCUUCAAGGCUUUCCUUGAUGUCGGUCUUGCCCGUACCUCCACUGGUGCCCGUGUCUUCGGUGCCAUGAAGGGUGCCUCCGACGGUGGUAUCUUCGUUCCCCACUCCGAGAGCCGCUUCCCCGGUUUCGACAUCGAGUCCGAGGAGCUCGACGCUGAGACUCUCCGCAACUACAUCUUCGGUGGUCACGUUGCUGAGUACAUGGAGGGUCUUGCCGACGACGAUGAGGAGCGCUUCCGCUCCCAGUUCCACAAGUACCAGGAGGCUGGUGUUGAGGCUGGUGACAUUGAGGAGCUCUACACUGAGGCCCACAAGGCCAUCCGUGAGGACCCCUUCAAGAAGGACGAGGAUGCUGGUGAGAAGAAGACCAAGGAGGAGUGGAAGGCCGAGAGCAAGAAGUUCCGCCCUGUCCGCCUCACCCGCGAGCAGCGCAAGGAGCGUGUUGAGCAGAAGAUCCGUGAGCUUGCUGCUUAA